AACUUCGCUAUCCACAUGGAAAAGGACCAUGUAAUGUUUUUAUAUUGGAUACAUCAUCAAGUAUUGGGGUGGAAGAAUUCAUACAAAUGAAAGAUAUAUUUUGUACUAUUAUGGAUGAAUAUGCUAAGUAUCCGGACAGUGAUGAGAACGUAGCCGUUAUAAUAUGUGGAAAAGAAACUAAAUUUCAACAUUAUUACUCAAAUCGAUACACGGAUCUAAAGCAUUGUCUGGAUGACAUUGAUUUUGGAGGACCAUCUCCUCUUACAGCGGCAUUCUUUUUAUCUAUAGGAUGUUUUAUGAAUGGUGCAGAAUAAUUCUUAUUUCUGACGGGAAACCCACGGACUUCACUGUUGUCAGCGAUGUUGAUGAUGUUCUUCCAUAUGCAACUGGAAAGGACAAAGGUCAUUUAAUACAAUUAACGAGAAAGAUUGGAAAGCAUCACCCGAUCUUUUGUAUUCCCAUCGGAAAUAAUCCUGAUUUGACCCUCUUAGAAUUUCUUUGUGCUGAGUCCAGAGGAGGAAAGAUCGUUCACCCUCAGGAAAUAAGACAGUUUGCAAAGUACACUGAGAACUUGACAAGUGCUGCUAUGUUGCCGUUUACGAUGAAGAAUGAUGGUUAUGACCGCGAAAUGGUUUUAACUUUGUUGGCAUACGAAUUUCCAGAGAAAGGAUUUACAGAAAAUGACCAGGAUGAUAUAUUCGAAAUAUGUUCAAAGAAGUCCCUGUACAGUUCAUUGGAGGAUUUAAGAACAGUACUUGUCGGUGAAAUCGAUGAUGUUUUUCAAGAGAGAGACCCUCGAAUGCCUCCUCCAGGGUCAAGGGUCAAGCGUGGACGAGACUGGAAGUGGAAUAAUCAGGAUAGCAAUGGUCCUGGGACUGUUACUGGGCAUCUCAAAGAGGCUGGGUGGUUGAAUGUAGAAUGGGAUACAGGUUUUAUACAUGGAUACAGAUACGGUACUACUUGUACUGAAAUAGAUAAAUAUGACGUCACUGUUUGUGAAGAACCUAGAAUUCUGGAUAAUGAAAUGAUUGCCACAGGUUGUUUAGUCACAAGAGGUCCGGAUUGGGAAUGGGAAGACCAAGAUGGCGGAGAAGGAAGUAUUGGAUCAGUCUAUAGAAUUAUAGGCAUUGGCAUUGCUCAUGUGCGUUGGCAGAAUGGUCAGAAGAGUGAUUACAGAUUUGGUUUUGAAGGAAAAUUUGAUUUACAGAUCUGUGAUCCAUUCUCACCGGAAGCUAUUAGUUUUCUUCAAGACCAAAAGAGAAAAGCUGCAAUGAGUUGCCCAAUUAACGAAUCACCCAUGGACGUUAAUGAAAAUGCUUUUUCACCAGGUGUCUCUUUCCUUGAUUUUUUUUAA